GGUCAGUAAGGUUAGAAAAGUAAUAAUAAUAAUAAUUGAACAAAAGAAGUGUAAAAAUAAAUAUCAAUGAAUUCUCUUAAUAAAAUGAUUUAUACGCUCACCAUACUACUAAUUUUCACUUCAAUGCCAAGAGUUUACAUUCAUUGUAAAAAAUAUUUAUUUUAUGAUGUAUUCUAUGGAGAAGGUUUCAAUUUGAGACGUGAUGUUUAUAUACGCGUUGCGAACACUCUACGUCUGCUAAGACAUCCAAAUCAAAUACCUGAAUAUGCCUUAAAUAAUAUGAAUAUAAAAAAUUUAACUGGAGAUGAUUGGAUACUUGUUCUACCCCCAUGGGGUCCAUUACCUCAUUGGUUCAAUGAUAGACUAUAUGAUAAAUAUCCUAAUUAUAAUGCCUUCAAUUGGUCUGCAGUUCCAUGGUCAAGAUUUUUUGAUUUAAAAAGUCUUUCAAUGUUUAUACCAGUUAUGGAUUUAAUUGAAUUUCAACAGAAUAUUAUAAAUUCAACCACGUUGAACAAAUUAUCUAAUCCUUCAUCGUUGGAAAUUGAUUUAGCUCUUCAAUUAGUAAGGGAAACAUAUGAUACAAUAAAACAUCAUUCAAAUAAUGAACGUAAAGUUGACUAUUGUCCAAAUGAAAUACGUGAAUUGUAUUCAUCAGAUAAUUCAUUAUUAAAUCAACCAAUGGAAUUAUUCGAAGGGAGUAAUUUCUCUCCUACUGCUGUUACUGGCUUACUACCGAUGACUGCGACUGCAUACGACUGUAUAACUGGUGAAUUAGAACCUGUGCAUUUAGCACCAUUUUUAUUACAAUUAAUUGAAAAUUCUAAGAAACCUAUCACUACGUUAUAUUUAGGCUCUGCUCAGUCUAUUAUUCAUGGACAUUGGAGUGAAUGGAGUCAAGAAUAUUGGACAGCGCGUCGAAGUAUGAUCUUUGCACGUCACUUACGUGAUAUUGGUGACAAUUAUCGUGCGGCUUAUUUACAAUCGUAUGAUACUAUGGAUCGUACAGUUUCACCAUUAAUGAUUGAACAACUCGGUUCAGGAUCUGAAUGGUUACACUCAGCAUGGCCAUUAUCUCCAGCACUUGGUGGACCGUAUAUUGCUGUCCAUUGGCGACGUGGUGAUUUUAUCUCUAAUCCUGGUGGUGGUGGUGGUGAUGCGGAUUCCGAUAAAACAAUGACUACUACUGCUGCUACAAUGACAGCAACUAAAUCUCUGGAUAAUUUUGAAACAGCUCAACAAAUUCUUAAUGCUUUAAGAAUAUUUAAUCAAUAUGAAGAGCAUCAUAUAUAUAAUAUAUUUUUAUCUACAGAUUCUACUAAGGAAGAACUUGAUAAUUUAAAGCGUCUACUUUAUCCAUAUCAAGUGUAUACUUAUGAACCAAAUGAAUUAGAAUGGAUGUUAUAUGGACCUGGUGGUGUAGCAAUUAUUGAUCAAUGGAUAUGUGCACAUGCAAGAUAUUUCAUUGGUACAAGUUUAUCAACGUUUACAUUUCGUAUUGUUGAAGAAAGAACAAUCAUGGGGUUUUCAGCUAAUACCACAUUGAAUAGUCUAUGUUCAAAUGGCAUUUUACAAUUGUAUAGAUCGAAUCAAGCAAUGAAUGAACAGUUGUCAUCUACUUCCUCCUCCACCGCCGCCUCCUCCUCCACCUCUUCGUCUUCUAAUUGUGAAGGGUUAACUGAAUGGCCAGUUAUCUAUGAGAAACAAUAUACUGUGUCAUCGACGCAAUCUACAGCAUCAAUUGGGGAUGAAAUGCAUUUAGAUAAUAAGAGGAGGAUUAAAGAAGAAUUGUGAUAUUGAUUAUGGGAGAGUGUGACGAGGUUACAUCUAUAUCGAUCUAUCUGUCUGUCUAUCGCUCUCGCCCCCUGUCUGCCUCUCUCUCUCUCUCUCUUUAUCCCUACACCCUUUCCAAUUAAAAAAGCCCAUUCUAUCCUUUUGUUGUUCACUUCACCUUCAAUCAGGAGGGUGCCAUCUCAUAGACAUCUAUCUGCCUUUUAGAUUAUUUUCAUGCUUUUGUUUUGUUUGUUGGGUUUUUUU